CCUGCAGAUGUUUGAGUGCUUUGGUUUUUUACUUUUUCUCAGGCACCUGGAGAAGUUGUCCGACCUGUUUGAGAAGCUCAGGAAAGUGGAGGGACGAGUAGCAUCAGACCAGGAGCUGAAACUCACAGAGCUGCUCAGAUAUUACAUGAGAGACAUCCAGGCCGCCAAGGAUCUUCUGUACAGGCGAGCCCGGGCGUUAGCCGACUACGAGAACUCUAACAAGGCUUUGGAUAAAGCUCGACUGAAGAGUAAAGACAUCCCUCAGGCCGAGGAGCACCAGCAGCACUGCCUGCAGAAAUUUGACAAGCUCUCCGAGUCCGGGAAGAAAGAACUGACCAGUUUUAAGGGAAGGCGUGUCAUCGCCUUCAGGAAGAACCUCAUCGAGAUGGCCGAGCUCGAGAUUAAACACGCCAAGAACAACGUGACUCUAUUGCAGGGAUGCAUCGAUCAGCUGAAGAGCUACUGAUGUGUUUCUCAGUACUUCCUGUCCCACCAUCACCAUCACCAAGUGACCAGUCAUAGCAAAACAGGAAACAUGGCGUCCCCCUGGGGGCCCUCGCACAAACAUGAAUCCAAGCCCCCUCUCUGCUUCCACCCACGGGUCUGAUGCCACUUACAAAAAAAAAUUUAAAAACCCUGCACGAGAACAAGUGUCUUGUAAGCAGAACGUCUUCAUGUUUACAGAAUCCCUGUCCUCUGCCCCGUGGUCCGUCUCGUUCCAAUAUUUACGGAGGGCCUGAUUGUAAACGCCUUCAAACGAAGAGGCCACAAACACGACUGACUUCCAUUUUUUCUGCAGCACAAAUAGACAUGAUUUCCUUUUUCACCCUCAUUUCUUUUUUUCUCAUUUUGACAUCGAGCACAAACUGACAAUUUUGCCUUUUUGUUUAGAUUCUUGACGCUGAAGUUUUCUCUUAUGUCCCCCUUUAAAAACCUUUUUAGAAGCGUUGAGGACGUCGUUUAUUGCGUCGUCUGUUGGAGCGUUUUGUGUUUGCUAACAGAAGUUUACAGAUCUAGUGCCUGUAAAAAAAAUAAAAAAAUAAAAAAAAACAUCCUCAUGCUCUGAAAUUUAAAGUACAACCAAACGAGUACAGAAAGCCCGCGAACAGAUCGUCUUCAAGUGUUUUAUAAAAAAACAGCAGCACUUCACCUCAGGAAUGGAUCGUUGGGCGUGGCCUCAGAUCCGGCAGGUUAUCAAAGAUGCACGGUAGUUUAGCGAGUCGUAAACGAUUUCUGGGGAGGAAAAAGUGAAAUAAAAAGCUCUACGAGCAGAAAGCAUUUCUCAAAGGGAAUUCAACUUUAGUUAUUUAGUUUUAUUUGCACAAACCCCCUCGUCAUCUCCUCGGCACUUCUUUAAGACCUUCUGCAGCUUCUCCCCCCCCCUCCCCAACAAACGGCCUUCUUCACUCUUUUCAUCGUGUCCUUCUUGAUGUUUUUCUUUAUCAUGACCUAAAUUUCCCCUUCUCUUUAUUCCGAUGGGGUCUGAACAACAUUUUUCUAAGCAGUGUCUGUAUUUUAAAGACGUUAUAUUAUAAAAGAAAAAGAUGCACUUAAACAAUGAGAAAUACUGAACGACCCCCCCCCCCCCCCGGCUCAGUGGAGUGUCAAAAUGCAUCGUAGUUUUGUACAAGAUUGAAUGUAUUUCUAAUGGAUUCCUGCUGUGUGGGUUCCUUCACACGAUCCUUUCAUACAAAAUAUUAUUAGCAUUUUAUAAAUUUGUAUUAAUGGCAUUGAAUAAAUCCUACUUUCCCACA